UUUUUGUGAAUGAGCGGUGCUCGCUUGAUGAUGCUUCAGAGAUGCGGAGAUGAUUACAGACAUUUGUCAGCCUACACAAUUAUAGACACCAUAUAAUUCGUCACCCACCCUAGGCUACGUACUGUAUUCAGGAGAAGGAAGAAGAGUAGACUAGGGACUCUACUUCAUACUCAUAUCAGAGAGAGAGAAGAGCACCACUACCAUGUCAUCUUCCUUCUCAGACACACUCCAAUUCCGUUUCUCCAGCCCUGUCCACGAUGACUCCAUCCUGCAAAAGAUGAGCCUGCUGAGAGAGGACCGACGCUUCUGUGACGUCACCCUCGUCCUCGGAUCAGGGUCGUUCCGCUUCCCGGGUCACCGGGUGGUCCUGGCGGCCUCCUCUGCCUUCCUCCGGGACCAGUUCCUGCUGCACGAGGGGAGCCGGGAGCUGCUGGUGACCGUGGUGCCCAGUGCGGAGGUGGGCCGUCGGCUGCUCCUGUCCUGUUACACAGGACACCUGGAGGUCCCUCUGAGGGAGCUGGUCAGCUAUCUGACGGCAGCGAGCGCACUGCAGAUGAGCCACGUGGUGGAGAGGUGUGCCCAGGCCGUCUCUCAGUACCUGGACCCCACCCUGGCCCACCUGAAGCUGGAGAGAAAACCAGAGACUGAGGGGACCCCUCCACCACCACCACCAGACAGCGUUAAACCCCAACCCAGCUCAGCAUGUCUGGACAAGGGGGAGACCCAGGAGGACCCAGAGGACAGGGACCACAGCCUGACCUCAGAAGACACUCUGGACAGUGUCCACAUGGUACACACUAACAGCACGUACCCUUACAGCCCGUACCCUUACCCGACGGGCGCCCACAGACGCAAGCAGCGCCCGCCCACGCCAUGCAGAGAGUAUAGGACGAGGACCUUCCCCCCAGCAGGAAGUCCUACCAACAGCAGUUCAGGAUUGGCUGACAGCUCCCAGGACCAGGAAGUGGGCGAGGACUCUGGAGAGGACAUAUACAUGCUUGCUUCUCAUCAUAUGCAGGGGGUUGGGGGCGGGUCUCUGACAGGGGCAGAGUUUUCAGGACGGGGACAGGAGAUGCUCCUCCAGAGACCCUACCUGUGCAGGAAGUGUGACCGAGGGUUCCACCACCUGGACAGCUACGUGGGACACCUAAAGGAACACAGGCUCUACCCGUGUCUUCUCUGUGGGAAGAGCUUCAGCCAGAAAAGCAACCUGACCCGACAUAUCAGGGUUCACACAGGGGUCAAGCCUUUCCAGUGCCCGCUUUGCCACAAGACUUUUUCCCAGAAGGCCACGCUGCAAGACCACCUUAACCUCCACACAGGGGACAAGCCACACAAGUGCAACUACUGCGCCAUCCACUUCGCACACAAACCAGGCCUCCGGCGCCACCUCAAGGACAUCCAUGGCAAGAGCAGCCUUCAGAACAUGUUUGAGGAGGUGGUGUGAGCCUGGGAGCUGAUGGACUUCUGCAGCAAGACACUUCUGAGUUAAGCAUACCAGUGCCUAAAUUAAAACUACAAAGAAUUAAAACUACAGAGAAUUAGAACUACAAAGAAUUAAAACUACAGAGAAUUAGAACUACAAAGAAUUAAAACUACAAAGAAUUUGAACUACAAAGAAUUAGAACUACAAACAUUUUAAACUACAAAAAAUAGAACUACAAACAAUUUAAACUACAAAUAAUUAGAACUACAAAGACAAGACGGAAACUAGUGUAAAUGUAUUAUAGAUGCCAGUAUAUAUUCAACUUGUCUGCCUCUAAUGAUGUAGCUAGAGUUUUAGCACAGACCAAUGUCUAAAUGAAAACUAUGUAGACGAACAGGCCAGGAGGGAGAAGUAGACUAAACUAGAGUGGAAUGAAAAGAUAUUGACGAUAAAAGUUCUCCAAAUGACUAACUGAAGAUGAUCUUUCACUAGUAUGCCUCUUUCCUAAUGUGGUGUUUUUGCACUUUAUUUUCUCCCCCCAUCCUGAGACUGUAAUGAGUGUUUUGAUGGACUAGCACAGGAACAUACAGAAUCAGUCAACAAGCUGUAGCUACGUCACUGCUAUUUAUAUUUAUGUGUGUGUGUGUGUGUGUGUGUGUGUGUGUGUGUGUGUGUGUGUGUGUGUGUGUGUGUGUGUGUGUGUGUGUGUGUGUGUGUGUGUGUGUGUGUACUGUAAGAGAAAUGUGUCCACCUGUCUGUGUUUCUUUACGAUAGAUAUCUGCUGCUUUGAUAUAUGGCCGUGACGCACAAAACCUAGAAGGAUCCCAUGUGUGUGUUAUUAAGAGGAUGUUAUUAAGAGGCUGUUAUUAAGAGGAUGUUAUUAAGAGGCUGUUAUUAAGAGGAUGUUAUUAAGAGGCUGUUAUUAAGAGGCUGUUAUUUAGAGGAUGAUAUUAAGAGGAUGUUAUUUAGAAGAUGUUAUUAAGAGGAUGUUAUUAAGAAGAUGAUAUUAAGAGGAUGUUAUUAAGAGGAUGUUAUUAAGAGGAUGUUAUUAAGAGGAGGUUUUUAAGAGGAUGUUAUUAAGAGGCUGUUAUUAAGAGGAUGUUAUUAAGAGGAUGUUAUUAAGAGGAUGAUAUUAAGAGGAUGUUAUUAAGAGGAUGUUAUUUAGAGGAUGUUAUUAAGAGGAUGUUAUUAAGAGGAUGUUAUUAAGAGGAUGUUAUUUAGAGGAUGUUAUUAAGAGGAGGUUAUUAAGAGGAUGUUAUUAAGAGGGUGUAUUUAGAGGAUGUUAUUAAGAGGAUGUUAUUAAGAGGAUGUUAUUAAGAGGAUGUUAUUAAGAGGAUGUUAUUAAGAGGAUGUUAUUAAGAGGCUGUUAUUAAGAGGAUGUUAUUAAGAGGAUGUUAUUAAGAGGAUGUUAUUUAGAGGAUGUUAUUAAGAGGAUGAUAUUAAGAGGCUGUUAUUAAGAGGAUGUUAUUAAGAGGAUGUUAUUAAGAGGAUGUUAUUUAGAGGAUGUUAUUAAGAGGAUGUUAUUAAGAGGAUGUUAUUAAGAGGAUGUUAUUAAGAGGAUGUUAUUAAGAGGAGGUUAUUAAGAGGAUGUUAUUAAGAGGCUGUUAUUAAGAGGAUGUUAUUAAGAGGAUGUUAUUAAGAGGAUGUUAUUAAGAGGAUGUUAUUUAGAAGAUGUUAUUAAGAGGAUGUUAUUAAGAAGAUGAUAUUAAGAGGAUGUUAUUAAGAGGAUGUUAUUAAGAGGAUGUUAUUAAGAGGAGGUUAUUAAGAGGAUGUUAUUAAGAGGCUGUUAUUAAGAGGAUGUUAUUAAGAGGAUGUUAUUAAGAGGAUGAUAUUAAGAGGAUGUUAUUAAGAGGAUGUUAUUUAGAGGAUGUUAUUAAGAGGAUGUUAUUAAGAGGAUGUUAUUAAGAGGAUGUUAUUUAGAGGAUGUUAUUAAGAGGAGGUUAUUAAGAGGAUGUUAUUAAGAGGGUGUAUUUAGAGGAUGUUAUUUAGAGGAUGUUAUUAAGAGGAUGUUAUUAAGAGGAUGUUAUUAAGAGGAUGUUAUUAAGAGGAUGUUAUUAAGAGGCUGUUAUUAAGAGGAUGUUAUUAAGAGGAUGUUAUUAAGAGGAUGUUAUUUAGAGGAUGUUAUUAAGAGGAUGAUAUUAAGAGGCUGUUAUUAAGAGGAUGUUAUUAAGAGGAUGUUAUUAAGAGGAUGUUAUUAAGAGGAUGUUAUUAAGAGGAUGUUAUUAAGAGGAUGUUAUUAAGAGGAUGUUAUUAAGAGGAUGAUAUUAAGAGGAU